AUGGGCGCAUCAGCAGAGCCUACGGCCAUACUGUCGCACCUGCACCGUGCGGACGGUUCUGCCACCUUCUCACAAAAUGGUUACACGGUGAUUGGUGCAGUCAACGGGCCUAUCGAAGUGCAACGACGCGAUGAGCUUCCAGAAGAAGCUGCUAUAGAUGCCAUUGUCCGACCAGCAGCUGGGGUUGGAGGCCCUCGGGAGCGACAUCUCGAAUCAAUCCUGCAAUCUACCCUCCGCCAAAUUAUUCUCAUUAACAAUUUCCCUCGAACCCUUAUUCAAGUCACACUACAGAUUAGCCAGACACCAGAGAACGAAACUGUAGGAUCCAAAACUGUCCAGGCUGGUUCGAAUCUGCCAAUACUCCCCGCCCUCCUACAAACAGCGGUACUAGCAUUAUUGUCUGCCUCGAUACCUCUCGCUAUGACACUGACAUCGGUAAUACUGGCUCUCACUUCCGAUGGGACCUCAAAAACUAUCAUUCAAAACCCGACCCUUAAAGAGCUCCAAAGCGCCGAUUCAAUCCAUGUGGUGGCUUUUACUUCACACGGUGAUCUAUUAGUCGCAGAGAGCGAAGGGAGUUUUACGAUCCAGGAGUGGGACGAGGUAUAUGAAACUGGGAAGCGCUUAUGCUGUGACGAGGUUGAGAAAGCCGACGACGAUAUAAUGCAAACCGAAGGGUUGGACGGGAAGGCUGGCGGCAUGAAGACUUUUCUCAGGUCUAUCUUGAAGGAGAAAGUGGAGGCCGACACCCACUGGAAAGAAUAA